CCCCUCAAACACGCACUCACCCAUCAUGGCAUUGCUCUUCUCCUCCACCAGCCUCCUCCUCCUCCUCCUUCUUGUUGUGCCCCUGUCCCAGGCUGCAAACAAGUCCCCGCUGCCCCCCAGCCCCCUGCCCGCCGUCCCCACCCUGCCCCUCCUGCAGGCCCUGCAAAUGCAGGCACCUGGCAGCCCAGGCUGGCGAGUGGGGCCAGCCAGUGGGCAGCCCCUGCGCUACAUGCUGAACCUGUACCGCCGUGCUGCCGACCGCGAGGGCCGACCCCGCCGCGGCCGCAGCCUGGGCACCAACACCGUUCGCCUGGUCCAGGCCAGUUCCCAUGGGGAUCAGCCCUGGGCAGGUCGCUGGUAUGUGCAGCCCCUCACCUACGGCCUGGAGGGCCAGCCCGAGGCCGAGCACCUCCUCAGAGCCACUGUGGUCUACCUGCCCAGUCUGUCACUGGCACAUGGUCGCCUUCUCUGUGCUCUGGAGCUGGUGGCAGCCGGCGAGGCACCUGGGGUGCUGCUCAGCCCUGCUGCCCGUCCCCGCCAUGGCUGGGCUGAAGUUGAUGUCACCCCUUACCUGGUCCUGGGGAACAGCAGCAUGAGGAGCCUGGCACUGCGGCAUGUCUGUGUGCAUGCUGGCCGAGCAGGAGGCCACGAUGCCCCAGUGUCCCCCAGUCGCCCUUUCCUCCUGCUCUACCUUAACGACACCCAGGCAGGGUUGGCACCUCUGGCAGCAGAGCCCCACCGGCACCGGCGUGACACAGGGACGUUGGCUCAUGACCUGCCCAACUACCUGCGGGAGCAGGGAGAGGAGAAGAGUGACUGUUCCCUGCGCCCCUUCUCUGUCAGCUUUGCACAGCUGGGCUGGGACCACUGGAUCAUCGCUCCCCACCGCUACAACCCGCGCUACUGCAAGGGCGCCUGCCCCCACCUGCUCCGCUACGACUACCACGCGCCCAACCACGCUGUGGUGCAGAGCUUUGUUCAUCAGCUGGUGGAUGCCAACGUGCCCCGGCCCUCCUGUGUGCCCUACCGCUACAGCCCCAUCAGUGUCCUCAUGAUCGAGCGCAACGGAGGCAUCCUUUACAAGGAGUAUGAGAACAUGAUCGCAGAGUCCUGCACCUGCCGGUAAUUCCCACUGCCCCGGCACAGCACCCCUGGGCUCUGCCUGUUCCUGUGCAUAUGGACUUUAAGGUUUAUCUUGCUCUGCCUGGGGCUCACUCUGCUCGUCUCCCCUCCCUGCGCAGCGCUGCUCUGUGGGGAGGUUUUACAAUGACAGUUUUAUGUAAAUUGUGGGUUUUUAAAGGCAGGAGCCUAUGCUGGGGGUUGGUUGCCCCAUGGCAUCUGUCCUUCCUGCAGCCCCCAUGGCUGCUGCCUGGUUUUGGUGGGCAGGGGGGCUUGGCCUGAUAUUCCCAGAGAUGAGCUGUGUCCCUGAACUGGAAUACGAAGCUCACAGGAGGUGGCUGGGAGUCUCCUGGUGGAGCCAGGGCAGGGAGGGCGAGCAGUCCGUGUGCCUCUGUGCUUGGCACCACAUUGGUGCUGUUGGGAUCUGAUGUGACCCUGCCUGUGGAAUUCCUUCCCAGCUCACAUGCACCCCAUCUUGUCUGGUCUCAGCUGCAGCGGCAUCUCACUGGGCUGGGAAUUUGGGCUGGAGAAGGGGAGGAAGCCUUUCUCCUCCCCUGCAGUUCUGUUCUGGGGAGGGCUGUGAAACUGGAGGAACUCGAGCUGCCUUUUCUGCUCCCAGUGCUAGGGGCCAGGCAGCUGCCUGUGCUGGGCUCUGCCUCCUGCUUCCUCCAACACACUUGUCCUUCAGCUCCUUGGCUUGCCCUCUAGCAGGGCUCAGGUCUUGCCCUAUUCCAGGGGUCGGACUCCCAUCGUGGUGUCCCUCUGCCUUCUUGCACUCCUGCUGUCCCACAGGCCUUGGGCUCUGUUGGGCUCCUGGCAUGUCCCUGUUCCCAGAAGGGUCUGUCCUGCUCUUAGCACCUCCACUGCCUGACUUUCCUCUAUUUAUUGCUUGACUGUGA